CUGUGAUGACAGGUCUUUUAUCGUCGCGAGCGUUCUGCUGCUUGGACACGAGUCAAGUUUGUUUGUGUUAGAUUGAAAGUUUGUUGUUUUGGUGAAAAGUUUGUCGCGCCGUGGAAUGCGACACAAUUUUUUUCUACGCUUUGAAGCCUAGUGAACUGAACGUGGAACCGGUGGUCGGUCCAAUUAGUUUUACUUAGGCCUAGUUAUUAGUUUUGGUUGUGACUUGUACAAAUUUGGCACCAGAAGAAAUUGCUGUAAAUAUCGCGCUGUUGUGUUAGCGACGUUCGUGUUUUGACUUAAGUUUUCAUGUGGUGCGUGUUUUUAUUGUAGUAAUCGUGUUUAUUGUUGUGAACAAUUAAUAUAAAGACGAACAUUACCAUGGAGUGUUUAUUCUUUUGGAUUUUAUCUGUCAUGUUGGUCUCAUUGACGUCAGCUGUAGAGGAGGUUGUUGCAGAGGCCAAUGAAGAACCUUUGUUUGGAGUGCUGGACAUUGUGUUGAUAGUCGCCCUUCUUGGCAUUGCUGGAUGGUGGUUGCUGAAGAAAAAAGAAGAAUCUAAGCCAGUCUACACGAUACAACCGACAACGCUCGGGUCGCCCACACAGCAGAGUGGGGACAACUCCUUCAUCAAGAAGCUCAAGUCGUCCGGUCGGUCGCUUGUAGCCUUCUACGGCAGCCAGACCGGGACGGGAGAAGAGUUCGCUGGUCGCAUAGCCAAGGAGGGUAUGCGCUAUUGUCUCAAAGGCAUGGUGGCCGACCCGGAGGAAUAUGAUAUGGGAGAGCUGGUACACAUGAAGGACAUUCCCAACUCUCUUGCAAUUUUCUGUCUGGCGACGUACGGAGAGGGCGACCCCACGGACAACGCGAUGGACUUCUACGAAUGGCUGCAGAAUGGCGAUGCUGAUCUAACCGGCCUUAACUACGCGGUGUUUGGCCUGGGCAACAAAACAUACGAGCACUACAAUGCAGUAGGCAUCUACGUAGACAAGCGGCUGGAAGAGCUCGGAGCCACCAGGGUCAUGGAGUUGGGGCUCGGCGAUGACGAUGCAAACAUUGAGGACGACUUCAUCACGUGGAAGGACAAGUUCUGGCCAGCCGUGUGUGAUCACUUUGGCAUAGAGAGCACAGGUGAGGAGGUGAGCGUGAGACAGUACCAGCUGACCGAACACCCGGACAUCAACCCUGAGCGUGUGUACACCGGAGAAGUUGCAAGGCUUCACUCGCUCAAGAACCAGAGACCGCCGUUUGACAUGAAGAACCCGUACUUGGCCCCUGUGAAGGUGAACCGAGAACUGCACAAGAGCGGCGACCGAUCCUGCAUGCACGUGGAGUUUGACAUCAACGGCUCCAAGAUGAGAUACGAUACUGGUGACCACUUGGCUGUUUAUCCUGAGAAUGACGCAACUCUGGUUAGCAAAUUGGGCAAGCUACUGGACGCUGACUUGGACACUGUGUUCACACUCACUAACACUGACGAGGACUCUAGCAAGAAGCACCCAUUCCCCUGUCCUACAACGUACCGCACGGCUCUCACCUACUACGUGGACAUCACCUCCAACCCUCGCACACACAUACUCAAGGAACUCUCCGAGUACGCCAAGGAUCCCAAGGAGAAGGAAACACUGAAGCUCAUGUCAUCCACUAGCCCAGAGGGUAAACAGCUGUACAACCAGUGGAUCAUCCAGGAUAACAGGAACAUCAUACACAUCCUGGAGGACAUGCAGAGUGUCAAGCCCGAGAUCGACCAUCUGUGCGAGCUGCUGCCUAGACUGCAGUGUCGCUACUACUCCAUCUCUUCAUCAGCCAAGCUGUUCCCUACUACAGUGCACAUAACUGCGGUGAAGGUAGAGUACAACACUCCUACAGGAAGGAUCAACAGAGGCGUCUGCACCAACUGGCUGUCAGGCAAAGUACCACCCGAGGGCGACGCCGCAGCGCCCCUGGUGCCGAUCUUCAUACGCAAGUCGCAGUUCAAGUUACCGACACGAGUCCAGACUCCUAUAAUCAUGAUUGGACCAGGAACAGGACUGGCACCAUUCAGGGGGUUCAUACAGGAAAGAGAUUUGGCCAGACAAGAAAGCAAACCAGUUGGAGACACAGUGCUGUACUUUGGUUGCCGCAAGAAGUCAGAAGAUUUCCUUUACCAAGAGGAGUUGGAGGGAUAUGAGAAGAUUGGCCUCUUGAAGCUUCAUGUUGCGUUUUCAAGAGACCAAGCUGAGAAAGUGUAUGUGACUCACUUACUGAAGGAAAAUAAGGAUGAGGUUUGGAGAAUCAUUGGUGAAAACAAUGGACAUCUUUACAUUUGUGGAGAUGCCAGGACGAUGGCCAGAGAUGUUCACGAGAUUGUUGUGGAAGUUGUGCAAGAGAAAGGCAACAUGACACAUGAGCAGGCGCUUGCCUAUGUCAAGAAAAUGGAGGCACAAAAGAGGUAUUCCGCUGACGUAUGGAGUUGAAUGUGUGAUAACUUCACACAAACUCAAGCACAAGACCAAGGAGUUACAUCAUCGUCGUUCUCUAACUCUACCAGCUCAUUACAACAUAUAUUGCAAGUCUUUGGAAUGAUUGUUGACUCUAUGUAUUCAAUUUGUAACAAAAUUGUUUCCUCUAUGUACGGACGAAUGCUUGUUUGUAGCAUUAUUCAAAUAUGACGUUAGGCCUAGUUUUAUCUGUUUUUAGUUGGUAAAGGUGUUGAAAGACCAUGUGUUUCAGUUUUUGUUUGGAUGUAAAAAUAAUAUUUAAGUAAAUAGAUUAAACCUGUAUUUAUUUAUUCUCAUCAUCAUCCAAUGAAAUGUUUUUGUGUGUCAGGUGAUAUAUUUUAAUGAUUCGUUAUUUAGGGUAAGAAACAUUCCGUUAUUGAUAAGCGAAUUAGAUGUGUAAUUGCCAAUGUAUACAGUUCAGGGGGUUCAUUUCCACGAGAGGAAUAUCUAAUUCAAAUCUAUUAAAAAAAUUAGUUUUCUAUACUUCAAAAGUAAUUGUUUGGUUAGAUUUGCAUUGAGAAAUAAAAUUAAGUUUUUUUUUACUAUUUUUUUUUCAGUUUUAUGUUUUAAAACUGUGUAAAAAAUAUGGAUUUGCAAAUUUUCCAGAAGCCAUUGGAUAAAAAACUACAUAAGAAAGCAAUUUUAUACCUCUCUUUAAGUUUGUCUUUAAUUUAACCAAAUGUUGAUGUUCUGUGUACUUUAAUUUAUAAAAUUACUUAAUUCAAGUAGUUAAACUAAUGUAUUAUCCAAAUAUGUGCCUUCAUACUAAACCAAAAGUAAUAAAAGUUAAUUUUGAUGGUAGCUAUAAAAUAUAUAAUUAUAUUCUAAAAAUUUGUUAUAAAUUAGAUAAUUCUAUCUUGACAUUGUUGCAUGUGUAUAGAAGCAGUAAUAAAAAUUAUAUUGUAAAUAGUUAUAUUUCAUACACGGUCAUUAAAAUCAAUAAGAAUUUUGUUAAUAAAUAAAUUGUUAGUUUUGUUUUCUGACGUUUCUGUUAUUUUAUUAAGAGAACUAUUUGUAUUUUGGAAAAAUGACAUUUUACU